GUGAUUGGUCGAGGGGGAUAAGGGGCGGGGCGUCACCCUGCGAUCACAGAGGCGCACUGUACGAGAGGGCGGAUCUGACUGUGCACAUCGGCCAACACUACAGCGUAGCCUACUGAAUUUUAAAAACAACAACAACAACGGGAGGAUGGACUUCAGUUUACGUGAUGCCUUCACAGAUGGGGCACCUAAGGCGACCCAGGACAGCCUGCUGAAGAGGGAUUUUGUGGCUGAGUUGCAGGCACAGACCUAUGACGAUAAAGUGGGCGAGACUGUUGGGAAGACAGACUACCGCCCCCUUCUGGAUGGGCUGGAUGGCAAAAGGGAAAGGUCUGGGUUCAUGUCUGCAGGCCAGACUGGAGGGCAACGUCAGGACCCUCAGGGAGACAUCCAUCCCAGCCCGUCUGGCCAAUAUGUCUAUAAGAAUGACUUUCAAUCAGGCCUAGUAUCAAUGAUUGAAAAGCCUGUCCAAUUAGGAAACCAGCAGAUGGGAUCUGCGGUGAAGGACAACAGCAUGGACUCUUUUCUGGGGUUCUCUCAGCCUGGAAUGAAUAUUGGUAUGAAUAUGAAUGUUGGCAUGGCCCCUUUCCAGAGCUCCAAACCCCCCAGCAUGGGUGAACCUCAGAGGACCUUACCCUUGUUUGCCAAUGAACCAACCCAACCAUCUCAGAUAACUGCUAAUUCGAGUGAAACAAGCCCUCGUAACAGCCAGGAAAGUUCUGCAGUUUUGGGAAGCCCUUGGACAGGUGAGGAAAUGCUCUCUACGGAGCAGUCCCGAGCUUCCAUCAAGGCAGAACAGAGUCACACUGACACCUUGGGAUUCCAGAGUCAAGAUGCAGCAUCUGGUGAGGAAAAGUCCAUCGAGGAAGGAACCGGAAAGCAGCAGAAGCGAAAAAAGAAGAAACGCAAAAACAGGGAAGAAAUGUAUGACCUUCUUGACAGUCUUGGUUCCCCUGAUUCAGAAGAGACUCCUUCUGAAAGCUCCAACCACGGCUGCCCCUCACCUCCUAGUAGGGAUGAAGACAUUUGGGAAAGCGAGAUCCAAGAAAGAGGGGGAGGACGUAUCAAGGCCAAGAAGGGUAAAAGCAGGAUGAAGCUACCGGAGGAUUGGAGUGCUCCUCCAACCAUAAUGAACAUGGACUUUAGCAGCCCUAAUUUGCGUGAUUCAAAACCCCCAUCCAGUGCUAGCAUGGAUCAAGGAAGUGCACCACCCUCACUCACACCUGAACCUCUGCACCUCACGGGCACCCAAGCAUGCAGACCCCAACCGACAGGGCAAGCAAACACUUCCUUAUUCUCAAAUAACCCAGACUCCACUGUGAAUCCCAUAGAUGACUCAACUCACGAGAUUGACAGGGAUAUGUUAAAUAAGGAUAAAUCAACUAAAGACGAUAUCAAUAAGUCUAACCUCGAGUUGCCUGGUGUUCACCCUUCAGAUCUGUUACUCAUGGACUCAAAGACUGACCCAAAUGAUUCCGACCAGAAGUCAACCUUUGCCCUUAGUCCAACUCAGACUUUUAUGUUCCUUGACUCUGUGCUGCAGGCACAGACCCCAGAUGCAAGCCCCCCAUCCCACAGCACCCCCGUGAAUACUCCCAUCCCUCACACCACUGCCCUGGAGUCCGCUCCUGAUCUGACCACUGGCCCACUGUCCAUCGGCACAGACAUCCCUGCCUGUCAGAGUGCACCAGCUGUUAGUCACUCUUCCCCAACAAUUCCCCCCAGCAUUGAAAAGAGAUUAAAGCCCGAGGCUACACCUUUCAUCCCUUCACAAACAGAGCAGCAGGAGACCUCACUGGCACAGCCUCCCCUACUGGAAGUGAAAGAAGAUAAGACAGCUAAAGAGAAAAUGGAGAAGGUUGAAACUGCUGUGAAGAUGGAAAACAUCAACAUAAUUGAGAAGCAGGACAAGCCUGAGAAGAUGGAGAAGAUUGAUCAUCUGGGCAAGAAAGAUGAGAUCACAAAGAAAACAGACAGUGUAGAUAAGACUCAGAAGAGUGAGAAGAUCAUCAAAGAUGAGAAGAAAGUCGAGAAAGAGGAGAAACAGGACAAUAAAGCUGAGAAAAAUGAGAAGGUUGAGAAAGUAGACAAACCUGAGAAGACAAACAAGGAGAAAGAGGAGAAGAAAGACAAGGGAGAAAAAGUGGACAAGACAGCCAAAGCUGAGAAGAAUGCGACGGCUGCUAAAAGACCUGUGAAGUCUCCAACAGCUAAUGGGAGCAAGGAGGUGACCAGUCCAGAUAGUAAGGCCAAGCCUUCAGUUGGGCCAGCCAAACAAAGCUCAGCAAGACCAAACUCGCUGUCCACUGGAGACAGUGCAGGUGCCACCAAACGCACCUCUCCCACCACCAACUCUGCCAAUAAAAAAAGCCCUGUGCCCAAGGCAACAACCCCCACUGCUGGUACCAAGAAAAACCCCACCACCACAACUACUCUUGAGACUAAGGCCAAGUCUUCUGAAACAGCGACCCAGCAUCGCCCUCCAGUGCCAAAGGCUAAAGCUGCAUCUGCUACAAACUCUAAAAACGGCACUAACACCACAGCUACCACCUCUGCCCUACGCACCUCUGCUACAAAGACUGAAAGUCAAGCAGGAGAGGUGAAAAAGACAAGUGCAAAGACAACACCAGGGACAACUCGCACACCACCCUCUGCCACUAGUACAGCAGCAACCAAUGGAACCCCGACCUCUCGUACCUCCCGCAUCACCAAACCCCCUGUACCCAAGCAGACUCCCCUAGAGAGGAAGCCUCCUGUACCGCGAGCCCCCCGAAACAUCCGGCCCUUGAACGCACCACUGCCGGAUCUAAAAAAUGUGCGCUCCAAGAUCGGUUCCACCGAUAACAUGAAGUACCAGCCUGGAGGAGGCAAGGUCUCUGCAGCCCAGGGCAAGACUGAUGCUCUGCCAAAGACCAGCCAGGGCAAAGUUCAGAUAGUCCACAAAAAGCUGGACUUCAGCCAUGUCACCUCCCGAUGUGGCUCUAAGGACAAUAUCAAGCAUGUUCCUGGUGGAGGAAAUGUUCAGAUUUUAAAUAAAAAGGUUGACUUGAGAAAAGUUACCUCUAAAUGUGGAUCCAAGGACAACAUAAAGCACAAGCAAGGUGGUAGUGAUGUGAAGAUUGAAUCCAAUAUGGUUAAUGCCAAGGCCAAGUCCAAAGUGGGAUCCAUGGACAAUGUAGGCCAUGAACCAGGUGGUGGCGAUGUCAAGGCUGAGGGGGUUCAGCAGAAAUCUGAGGGAAGCCCAUCUCCCACUGCUGUCUCUCCACCCAUGCAGGCAGGUAAUGGGGCAAAAGAGAAUGGGCUGAAAGAGAACUCUCCUGCUCCCAUAUCUUCUUUGGGAGAGGGACCCCGGAACUCCCAGGGCUUGGACAAGCGCAUCACUGGGACAAAUUGAGUCCUACAAGCUGAACUUCUGCAAGAACGCACGAGCUCGCAUGGACCACGGCGCUAAAAUCAUCUCCUGGUCCCCCCUGAGUGGCAGCCACCCCCACCCACAUUGCAGCACCUCUCUCAGUGUUUCUCUGGGGUUCGCCAAGUCCUCACACUCAACCCAGCUUGUCCCAUUCACUCAGCUAUGAGAUGGAUGCAAACCAGUACACUAGCAGGAGAAGGGCUCUGAUUUUUAACACAGCCUGUCCCUUUAAAGCCUUCUCCAUAGCUUCUUUUCUCGUUUACAGUUUUCAUAGUUUUUUCCUUGCUGGGAGAGCACCCAUGACAUCAUGUUUUGGGAACGACCCGGGCUCUAGCUUAAUUUACAGCACUUCUUUUCGAAUGCAGGGUUUGGUUUGAGGCUAGGUUUGAGAUGAAUUCUCCAGGGGCUGGUUGCAUAAAAGGUUUAGACUAGUCUUACAAGUUAUUCAUCUUUUUUUUUUUUCUUUUUUUUUUAUUUUUAUUCUUUUUAUUUUAUUAUUAUUUUUUUAAAGUUACAAUGAAUCAUAUAAAUAAGACUGAUUACCAUGUUGCUAACUGCUAGUUGGUCGAACUCGCACUUAAGACACAGUCUUAACAUAGAGGCUUGUUUAGUUUAUGCAACUGGCCCCAAAUGGUUGGAGAUGGAGUAAUAGAAGCUCCAGCCACGUAGCUCUUAUAGUCAUCUUUGUUAAAACCACAGCAUUUUACCCAUCAACACCAGAGUUUCCUUCUAGACUUCCUAUAAGCCUGUGCUAUCCCUUAGACAGACCUAAAUUUAGGGCAACACCCUCUUUUCUGUCUGUAUCUAUUUGGCAGUAGAUGUUUUCCAAUGGGAACCUCAGAAUUCACUUGAGAUGUAGCUUAUUACAUUAUGGCAGUUAAGCUCCCUGUAUUGUUAGUAUUUGGGGCUGUCUUAAAUCCCAGACAAAAGGGACAAAUCAGCCACCAUCCAUCCAUCCAUCUUCUUCCUUUACUCCAUAGACCCUGUCCACCUCACAUGAAUUAUUUCCCCUGGUCUCCAUCAGUAUUUAAAUGAGCACUUAAUCAUUUGAAACUUAUAUGUUGUUCAAACAAUAACAUAUUUACAUCUUCCGUGAGUUUGCUGUAUCGUGUUUGCGUAAAUUCCUGUAACAAUGAGCUGUAUCAUUAUGAUGUCUAACCAUCUGAUUACAUAAUCCACUUCCCAUUUCUCUCAAAGCAUCUUGUGAACUAAUAAGGCACAAAAACACGACACACAUAAACUACAGCAUGAUACAGGAAGAGAAAAAGAAAGUGGUACACAAACUAAACAGACAGGAUGGGAAGGAAUAUAGAUGGAUAAAGAAAGAUGUCAGAAUGUUAAAAUGGAAAUGCGUUUACACUCCGCAUACAGGUCAUGAUUAUUUGCUCAAUGGUCCAAGUCAUCCCCACUUUGAAUUAAAUAUUGUACCUCCAAAUCCAAAAAGUAAACAACUAAACAUAUGAACCGUCAUGUGCGAGGGCCCAUUACAUUAACAGUAAAUAUAACAGUAAUAUAUCCCUAUUAUUUAUUCAGUGGCAAUUGACAAAUUGUUGUCUAGAAAUUACUAUUUAAUCAAACACAGUAGUAAAUGCUAUUUGGUUUUCUUACCAAGUGAUGUAUUAUUACAAGUAGUUGAAUAUCAUAGAUUUAAACUCUCCAAACCUGGGCUGCUUAUUCGAAACUCUUGACUAGUGACACUGUUUAACAGUGAAUUUGUGGGCACUUUAUUGGUAGUGAUAUUACUCUAGAUAUAUUUAGCUGCACAAUGCCUGCAGAAAAAAAAUAAUUUGCUGUUGUUAGUUCAAAUGUUAUGUUUGUAUACAGGGUUUGUUUCACUACAUGUUGUGAAAUAUUAAAAAACUUUUCCUGGUAUUUUACUGUGACGUCAUGGUAGAUCCUUGAUGGUGGUAAUGUUGUAACAUCAAAGAAAAUCCCACAUAAAACUGAACAACAGAGACCAGGAAGUAAUAAAUUAUGCAAAUAUCCUAUGAAAUAAUUAACUGAUUAGCAUUUGAAAUGCACUUUAUGAUGGAUGUUUUAUACUACAAAGAGAACGGUAAGAUUGAUUGAGCAGAUUUUCCUAAAUUUUAAACCCCUCAAGAAGAGUCCCAGUUACUCACAAAUGCAAAACAUGUACCUAUGUCUAACAGAGCAGUCUAUAAAUACAGUUUUUACGAAUGUGAGCAAGUGUGCUUAGUGUAGAGCAGUUGCGCUUGGCCAAGCUGUCCUGUCUGUAGUUCCUUUUGUGAUUAUUGUGUACUGUUCAGGGGCUAUGCCAGUAAACUUCAGUGUUGUACUCUUGAUACAGUGAUCAUAACCUUUCAUGCCUUCAGACAGCUCUAUUUGUCAUUUCCAUAAUGAAUGAACACUCUCACAGUUAGUACACUUCUCAUGUCUCCCGCACCAGUCCACUCAAUGCAGUUUUGUAAAUACACGUUUCACACUUUAUACCCCACAGGGGGAAAAGCACUUCUUGAUUGGGUUGUAUAGAGAAGCAAAGUGAAGAUUUUGCAAUAUUUCUCCAGACAGUAUUUUAUUCUUUAAGUGAGUCUGCCUUUUUUUUAAGAAAAAAAAGGGCUGGCAAACAAGAAUGUUUUUAAAAUGUAUUGUAUUCAAGAAGCAAGGAAUAUAUAUAAUGAAACUUUUUCUCAUUGUCAUCACAGGUCACAUACUAAAUACAAUGUAAUCAAUAGGAGGAGGAGUGUGAUUAAUUUUGGAUGGAAAAACUCGAAGGACUCUGAGGAUGUCCUUCUGUAUAAAAAAAAGUGCAGCAUUCUGGUAAUGACUUGAGUAGCCUCAGUCAGGAUGCAGAAAGUGGGUCGAAAGUUUAGAGGUAAUCAGUAACCACAGGAACAAUGAUUCUGCCUACAAACUGCACCUGACACAAAGACCUUGAAUGUUCUUUGGAUGUCCAUGCAACACAUCUGUAUGAGACUAACUGUAACUGGUAGACUCAUCAGCAUGUCUAAAAGCAAAAAGAGCA